GUAUUUCUUUGUCUUUUCAGUGAUGAAAUAAAGAGAAGACCUAUAGGACAAGAUCCCAGUAAAACAAAGCUUUUUCAACUUGGUUUCUCUGAUAAGUUGAUCUUGAGGACAUUCUUGAGACACCUUUUUUUGAGUACCAUGGAACAUAUUCUCUAAUUGAAAGUGAUCAAAUUCGAAAAGGAAGAAGAAAGGAAAAUGCAUGGUUCAAGUGCUAUUUCAGUAGAUGAUUCCCAGUUUUACACUCAUGUAAAGCUUGAGGUUGACUCUGACACAAAAUACCCUCCACAUGAUACAGGGAAACAUAGGAAGAAAAGGAAGAAAAGGAAGAAAAAGGACAAUGAUGGGGAUGAAAGUAGAAAUGUGUCUGUUCUUCAAGAGAUCAUAUAUGAAAAAGGGAAAAAAAGAAGGCGCCAAGAGAAGGCGACAGAAACUGAGAAAGAUCCAGAGACCUCACAAGAUUUAAUUAUGAAAAGGAAAAAGGAACAUAAGUGGAAUGUUGUGCCAGAAAUGCAAUGUGCUUGUGAUUCACCUUCAACUGUUAUGGAUAGUUUGCCUUCUGCUGCUAGCACAAAAUAUCCGACACAUGACGCAGGGAAACAUAAGAAGAAAAAGAAGAAGAAGAAGAAGAAGGAUAAUGAUGGGGAUGAAAGUAGAAAUGUGUCUGUUAUUGGAGAGAGCAUAGAUCAAAAAGGGGAAAAAAGAAGGCGCCAAGAGAAGGCGACAGAAACUGAGAAAGAUCCAGAGCCCUCACAAGAUUUUGUUAUAAAAAGAGAAAGGGAACUGCAACAUAAUUGGAAUGAUGUGCCAGAAAUGCAAUAUACUUGUGAUUCAACUUCAACUGUUAUGGAUAGUCUGCAUUCUGCUGCUGACACAAUAUAUCCGACAAAUGACACAGGGAAACAUAAAAAGAAAAAGAAGAAGAAGAAGAAGAAGGAUAAUGAUGGGGAUGAAAGUAGAAAUGUUUCUGUUAUUCAAGAGAUCAUCGAUCAGAAAAGGAAAAAAAGAAGGCACCAAGAGAAGGACACACAAACUGAGAAAGAUAUAGAGGCCUCACAAGAUUUUGUUAAAAAUAAUUGGAAUGAUGUGCCAGGAAUGCAAUAUACUUGUUAUGUACCUACAACUGUUAUGGAUAGUUUGCAUUCUGCUUCUCAAAGUAGGGCAAAUGAAAAAGACUGUUCUAAAGCAGCUGUUUGUAACUCUUCUCAGGGGCUUACUGGAGUAAAGAAACACAAGAAAAAGAAAAAAGUUGAAACUUCAUCUGAUACAAUUUUUAAUGGUCAUAACUUGAUGAGAUUGAAUGUUGUAAAAAAUAAAAAUUCAUCCCCACAAAGUGUUCUUCAUACAGAACACUGUCCCACUGUUCAAGAGGAACAACCAGACACCUCCAAGAAACAAAAGUACAAGAGAAACAAAAAAGUUCAGGGAUCCAGCUUAACUGAAAUACUUGACAGUUCUGCAGUGAUAUUGAAUUAUGGCAUAGGUGAAAAUGGAGCUGAUAGUGCUGACAUGCUUAAUCCAGAAGGUGAAAUUUGUGAAAUGCCAACUAAGGGUAAAAAACUCAAGAGAAAGAAUCAUUUGCCAUCUAAUUCAGAUUUGGACAACUGUGCAAGGCCAUCUUUGAAUAUUAGAGAGCAGAAUGACACCAGUGUUUUUGUUCAGUUGGACUCUGAACACAACUGCAGAGGGGAAAGUGUUAAGGAUGGAAAGAAGAAAAAAGAAAAACAAGGGAUCAAAGCAAUAGAUGACAGUGAGGAGAGUGGUGGCCAUAAUUACCCGGAAGGUUUAUAUCCAGUUCACAUUGUUGGGUCAAGGGCUCAUGCAGCCAACAAAGUGGUCGAGGAUGAAUUAAGGGCAAAAGGAGUGGAAGUCCUUAGGGGAAAAUGGAACAAACGGGAAGAAUCAAUUCUGAGGAGAAAUGUGCUCAGAUUUGCAAAGGAUUUUGAUAUUGAAGAUCCCAGUGACCUGUUUACUUUGCUACAUAAAUCAGAGGAUAAGAAGAUUGAGCUCAGACGGAUAAUGAAACAAAAUGACUUCAAUCACCGCUUGGUGGAUGGCAUAAAUCGUUCUAUCUUCUGCUGUUAUAGCAAAGCAAGAAAACUGUUUCAUGGGUUGAAUAUGGGACCGUUUUCUGAUGAGGAAGUCAAACAGCUGCAGAAGCUGCAAUAUGAAUACGGCAACAAGUGGGUGAAGAUUGGUAUGCUGAUGGGAAGGAGUCCAGAAAAUGUGCAUACAAAGUGGAAGCAACUUCGGGAGAGAAGUGAAAAAGAGGUAAUAAAGUCUGGGAAAUGGACAAAAGAGGAAAUUCGGAACUUGAGACAUGGAGUGGUGUAUUUGACUGGGUGCAAGGACCUGGCCAGCCUCUCAAGCCAACUGCCCUGGGGGGAAAUUGCCCACUUUGUCCCCACAAGAACUGCAUCACAGUGCAGAAACCAGUGGUUGAACCAUGAUUGCAGUACAGAUUUUCCUGCUGAUAAUGCCAUGCAUCAGUUUGAGAAAAAGCAUGCGACUAGUUUGGUUAAUUGCCUUUAUGAACUUAAUGUUGUCUGUGAAGCAGAUGUGAAUUGGAAAACUCUUGUGGAGAAGUUUCCUGGCAUUCCAUCUGAACAAGUACUUCGUCGGAAGUGGUUUUACAUGAAGUCAAAGGUUUCCAAUUACCAGUACUUGUCCUUCAGAGAAAUUUUGGAAAAAUUUUGCCAGAAAUAUUGCAAGGUGAAGAGAGAGAAAUAGAUUUUCCAUCUAUGAUCAAAUUUCACUAUGGAGAAUUUACAAGAUAAUAUACAUGUACCAGUAAAGGAACUAUUACAUAAGAAGCAAAUGAUGAAUGAGAAAAUGAUGAGAAAGCUCGAACUAAUGAAUCAGUUUUGUAUGGAGUCAGUAUUCAGUGUAUUAUCUCCUAGUA